AUGGUUCCAUUUCUGCCGCAAAGGUGUCGGCUAUGUCGUGUCCUCAAGACACCUCGUCAAAAGCCGAUAAGGCUCACCAGAAGCCCAACAAGGGCGCCUAGAAAAAGGCUACACCAGCCCAUAAGAGAGGCCAAAGCUCCAAGUGCGCACCAGAUAAAGGGCAAACCGGCCCACAAGAAAGGCCAAAGUAUGUGCCAGCAAAAAGGGCAAACCGGCCCACAAGAAAGGCCAAAGUAUGUGCCAGAAAAAAUGGCACGCCGGCCCACAAGAAAGGCCAAAGCAUGUGCCAGAAGAAAAGGGCAAACCGCUCCACAAGAAAGGCCAAAGCAUGUGCCAGAAGAAAAGGGCAAACCGCCCCACAAGAAAGGCCACAGUAUGUGCCAGCAAAAAGGGCCAACCAGCCCACAAGAAAGACCACAGUAUGUGCCAGCAAAAAUGGCUAACUAUCCUACAAGAGAGGCCAAAGUAUGCGCCAGAGCAAACGUCAAUGCGGCCCACAAGAAAGGCUAA